AUGGAGGUCAAAGGUGAAACUCACUCCAUGCUAUGCAACUUUGAAGUACUAGGAUUACUCAGGGAUAUUCAAGCUGGCAGAGGGCAGAAAAAGCCAAACAAGUUUCAGACAAACUUGGCAACCAUUACUUAUGAAACCAUCAAAAGUCUUGAAAAUUGGCCGUGUGUUCAUCAUACUGGGGAGGGAAUUGCAGCAGCAAUGAAAGCUCUUACACCAUUUAAGCUGACUCCUGCAGAAAAACUUCAGCUGAUAAAUCUUUGUCCUAGCUCGGCAGUGGAGAUUCAGCUGAUUGUAGAGGAGAGUGAAGAGAGACUCUCCGAGGCCCAAGUUGAGGAGUUGCUGGAUUUAUUGUCCACUCAUCUACCGGGUCCUGAGAAGGAGGAAGGUGAAGAGGAGGGCAUGGAAGACGAAAGUGAAGUUCAAGAUGAUGCUAAUAGUUAA